AUGGCUCGAUCCAAGCUCCUAUCCACUGCCUACAAGUUGAUUGACGGUUUUAACGCCUGGGACGAGGAUCUCAUCUUCGGUUGUCGUACUGAAGACUGCCGUCAUCAGUUCUGGCCCCCACGCACACCCGAUGCCCAAGGGAGCGACAACGCCGAGGCACGUCAACAUUUCCUGGAUACCAAAGACAUCUUCAAAAAUUUCCACGUCGACGUUUUGGAGACUGCCGAAGACCCAGAAAAGCAUCGUGUUGUCAUGUUUGCCCACGCCGAGAUGGACACUGCCGCUGGUGGAAAGAUCCUGGACUACAUUCUCCUGAUCGAUGUGGACGACACGAACGACAAAAUCAAGCGUAUUCUCCAAUCCACUCAAACUAAGGACAAGCCCGCAUGAGCAUAUCAACGUAGUUGGCAAGCACUCAUCACUUUGACCGGUCUCGUUUUAUCUCCA